AUUGCUCUGGUCUGAGAUCACAUGUUUGUUUCGGUAAAGAUGGCCGAGGAGGCCGAGGCCGUGAGCGGGGCUGUGAACGGGAGCGAUGGCAAAGAGCGAUCUUUCGAGGUGUUGGCUAAAACGCCGGAGGCAGAGUCGCGGAAAGAGAAGUCGGGUCCGGAAAACAGCUGGUCGGCACCCAUUGUGUCUCUGGCCCGGAAAGCCACCGAAACCCUGACCGGCGGGGUCGGCUCCGGCGCUGUCGUGAGAGACGGCGCUCCGGGUCCCGCGGCUGCCGGUGAGCGACUGACCGAUCAGUCCGCCGGCGAUGGAGCCACCCGGCCGCCCGAAGUGCUAAGGGACCCCAUGGCAGUGGAGCGCUCCAAUUUACUCAGCAUGAUGAAGCUGAGUGUGAAGGUUCUGAUCCAGUCCGCGCUGAGCCUGGGCCGCUCCCUGGACUCAGAGCACCCUCCCCUGCAGCAGUUCCUCAUAGUUCUGGAGCACUGUCUGAAACACGGACUGAAAGUGAAAAAAUCCUUUAUUGGGCAAAGCAAAUCCAUUUGGGGUCCAUUGGAGCUGGUGGAGAAACUGUGCCCUGAGUCGUCUGAUAUUGCAACCAGUGCAAGGGAUUUACCCGGCAUAAAGACGGGGUUGGGGCGAGCCAGGGCAUGGUUACAUUUGGCCCUCAUGCAGAAGAAGGUGGCGGACUACAUGAAGGCCCUUCUAGACCGGCGGGAUCUUCUGAGUGAGUUUUACGAUGUUGGAGCAUUGAUGAUGGAAGAAGAAGGGAUAGUGAUUGCUGGGAUGCUGGUUGGACUUAACGUCAUCGAUGCCAAUCUCUGCGUGAAGGGAGAGGACCUGGACACACUGGUGGCUGUCAUUGACUUCUCGCUGUACCUGAAGGACCCCCAGAACAAUGAGAGCCCGAAGGAUGAUGGGAAAAUGGCCGCCAUUCUGGAUCAGAAGCACUAUAUUGAGGAACUAAACCGUCACUUAAGCUGCACUGUGACAGAUCUGCAAGCCAAAAUGGACUCCAUGGAAAAGACCAACUCAAAGCUCAUUGAAGAGCUGACCGCUGCAACGGAUCGUAUAAACGCUCUGAGAGAAGAACAGGACCAGCUGAAGCAGGAGAAUGACACCAUUAUCCAGAGCAGCAAACAAAAGCAGGAGGUGACCCAACAAGACAACCAGGUGGAACUGGAGACAUACCGGCAGUCCCGGGAAGGUCUGGAUGAGAUGUACAGAGAAGUGUGGAAACAGUACAAGGAGGAGAAGCGCAUCCGUCAGGAGUUGGAGAAGGAGCUGCACCUCCAGAUGGGCCUGAAGCAGGAGAUGGAGGUGGCCAUGAAGCUGUUGGAGAAGGACAUCCACGAGAAGCAGGACACGCUGGCUGCGCUGCGGCAGCAGCUGGACCAGGUCAAAAGUCUUAACCUACAGAUGUUCAACAAGGCACAGGAUGCUGACCGGAUCAUCCAGAAGAAGGAGGAGGAGGCGGUGCAGCUGGAGGAGAGGAUUCGCCAAAUGAUGUCUGCCACAAAAGAGUUGGAGGACAGGCUGCAGGCUUCUGAACAAACAAGAAAACAGGUGGACAAGAGGGAGAAGGACGCCCGCAUGGAGCUGGAAGGACGGGUAGAUACCCUGCAGAAGCAGCUCGCCGACCUGGAUGCCCUGAGGCUGAGCCUGGAGUCGGAUCUGCGUGCUGAAAAAGAGCAGCGGCAACACAUGCAGAAAGAACUGCAGAGGGAACAGGACAACAGUGCAGAGCUUCGCACUCAACUUCAGCAGCUGCAGGGCCUACAGAAGGAGCUGCAAGAGCUCCGACAAGAGAAGAAGCAGCUUCAGAAGACCUGUGAGGAGCAGGAGCAGACUCUGCAGGAGAUGGGCCUACACCUCAGCCAAUCCAAACUAAAGAUGGAGGACUUCAAGGAGGUAAACAAAGCCCUCAAGGGCCAUGCCUGGCUGAAGGAUGAUGAGGCCACUCAGUGUAAGCAGUGCCAGAAGGAGUUCUCGAUCGCUCGUAGGAAGCACCACUGUCGCAACUGUGGUGACAUCUACUGCAGUCACUGCUCCAGCCACGAGCUGGCGCUGCCCUCCUACCCGAGGCCCGUGCGGGUGUGCGACACCUGCCACUCGCUGCUGCUCCAGAGGAUCUCCUCCACACCUUCCUGACUGUUGAGUGACACACGCCAGGAUGUGUGUACGUGUUCUCCCCACGCAGAUGCCGAGGGCUGGCUUGGGGGGGGAGGCGGGCUGUCCCAUUUAGGGAUCAUGCAGAGCUCUCCCGCUCAUGUUGGCUGAAAUCUUUGGCACCAGGACCGAUAAUGAGUUGUAAAACAGUCACUGUUAAGAGUUUUUGGAAGAUUCCGGGUGGGUAUAGGCAUUUAAACCUUUAAUUGAACUAAUUUGAUCUAUUUCUUUUGGUUAAUAGUCUGGCCACUGUCUCACUAACGCAGUUCUUUGCCUGUCAGUUAUAGCAUUCGAUGCAAAUUUAUUGAACUGUCUGCUUUAAUUGUUCUGUACCGUGUCUGAAAUUUUAUUGGGAUUCUAAGAAGUGAGGCCACUCCUACUAGGUGACAACUCCAGGGAACAUCCCUGAACUCUGCUUGAGAAGAAUCCCACAAGACCUGCCAAAGGGUGUGAGGAAUUUGUCACGUCAGUGUAAACUUGAUGUAUAUGUUUGUAGAUGUAUAAAAUACACAUGAAGGUGGUUAUAUGCAUAUAGAAGCAGUUGGUGGAAGUGCUUUGAAUGGUGUUAAAAGCUGGUCUGACCACAGUCAUAAAGGGUGUUUUGAAAAUCAGUGUGAGGGACUGCUGUACAUCAAUCCGAUUGGUUAACCCAACAGAAGGAUAAAACUAUUCCAAUCACUGCAAAGGAGCCCCCCCCCCCCCCCACCAUUUCAAAAGCUCAUAUCCACAGACACCUUGAGUCCCUGACUGGGGCGUAGAUGGACAAGUGGCAUUUGCCCAGUGAAGGCUGUGUUUUACUGGUACACGGGACUAAACAAUCACAUGGGAGCUGACCUGCAUGGGAAGCAUUUUACCAAUAAAUAAUGAAGUACGGGUAAUCGAAUACUUGUUUGAAUCAGUUCGGUCAAAUGAAUCCUGCAAAGUUAUCGCGAAAAACCAUUACCAGCUAGGUAAUAAAGAUGUAUAUUUUAAGGAUAGAGUAUGUUACCUGGUGUAUAAUUUGACUAACAAGCCAUUUUUUAUUAAGCAUGUCCACUUUUCUAUUUCACAUUUUAUAUGAGAUGAUCACUGGAAGUACUUGUGCAAACUAAAUAAAGCUUUUACGAUAAA